AACGCGGAUGACCCAGGCCGAGAAGGGCGAGGCGGCGGCGGCGGCCGAGAAUGGGAAGGACAAGGAGCGCGACAAGGAGAAGGAGCAGCGCGGGGCCAAGAGGCCCAUCGUCCCCGCCGCCGUGCCCGAGUCCCUUCAGGAGCAAAUACAGAGCAACUUCAUUGUCGUGAUACAUCCUGGUUCAAUGACCUUAAGGAUUGGAAGAGCUACAGAUACACUUCCUGUUGGUAUUCCUCACGUCAUUGCAAGAAGACACAAACAACAAGGACAACUCACAUUCAAAGACAGUUGGCUUCUAAGAGAAGGACUCAGUAAACCUGAAAGUCCUGAACAAAGACAAAAUGGCCUUAAAAUGGUUGAUCAAGCAAUAUGGUCCAAAAAGAUGUCAAAUGGGGCCAGGCGUAUACCAGUAUCACAUGAUCAGGUCCGGUCUUACAAUAGACAGAUGAGGCCUGCUAUUUUAGAUCACAGUUCUGGGACCAAAUGGACAAACACAGCCCAUCAUCCAGCAUAUCUCAUUGGAGAAGAGGCAUUAUAUGUUAACCCUUUGGAUUGUUACAGUGUUCAUUGGCCUAUUAGACGAGGGCAGUUUAACCUUCAUUCAGGGCCAGGUGGUUCCCUUACUGCAGUCCUAGCAGAUCUUGAAGUUAUAUGGUCACAUGCAAUACAGAAAUAUUUAGAAAUACCUCUUAAGGAUUUAAAGUAUUACCGAUGCAUUUUACUGAUUCCAGACAUCUAUAAUAAACAGCAUGUGAAAGAAAUAGUAAAUAUGAUCCUAAUGAAGAUGGGCUUCUCAGGAAUAGUGGUGCAUCAGGAGUCUGUCUGUGCUACUUUUGGAAGUGGUUUAGGUAGCGCAUGCAUUGUUGAUGUGGGAGAUCAGAAGACAAGUGUUUGCUGUGUUGAAGAUGGUGUUUCACAUCGUAAUACCAGAUUAUGCCUUGCAUAUGGAGGUUCUGAUGUGUCAAGAUGUUUUUAUUGGCUUAUGCAGCGAGCUGGAUUUCCUUACAGAGACUGCCAGUUAGCUAAAAGGACAGACUGUCUUCUUCUUCAGCACCUAAAAGAAACCUUUUGCCAUUUAGACCAGGAUUUAUCUGGGCUGCAAGAUCAUGAGUUCCAAGUUCGACACCCAGAUUCUCCAGCUUUAUUAUAUCAGUUGCGGCUGGGAGAUGAAAAAUUACAGGCUCCAAUGGCACUGUUUUAUCCGACAAUGUUUGGAAUUGUGGGGCAGAAAAUGACAUCCUUGCAGCAAAGAUCACAAGGUGAUCCAGAGGACCCACAUGAUGAACAUUAUCUCUUAGCAACACAAAGUAAACAGGAGCAAUCUGCAAAAGCGACAGCAGAUCGAAAGUCCAUGUCCAAGCCUGGUGGAUUUGAGGGAGACUUGCGUGGCCAGUCUUCGGGCAUUGCUGAAAAUCUCUAUCCCCAAGACGUGGAACUGGGCACCUCUCACAGUGACUGUAUUAUAGCUGGAAAUGACUCUGAAGAACAGCUAACAGCUCACAUGUCCAGAAAAACUGCUGUAUCUCAGUUCGAAGGGAAAGCGUUAGGCCUCGACAAAGCAAUUCUGCACAGCAUCGACUGUUGUGCAUCAGAUGAUACAAAAAAGAAAAUGUACAGUUCCAUUCUGGUGGUAGGAGGUGGUCUGAUGUUCCACAAAGCCCAAGAAUUUCUUCAGCACAGAAUUCUUAACAAAAUGCCCCCUUCUUUCAGGAGAGUGGUUGAAAACGUAGAAGUUAUUACAAGACCAAAGGACAUGGAUCCCCGUUUGAUCGCUUGGAAAGGGGGUGCUGUUCUAGCUUGCCUGGAUACGACACAGGAGCUUUGGAUAUAUCAACGAGAAUGGCAGCGCUUUGGUGUCCGUAUGUUACGUGAAAGAGCUGCGUUUGUUUGGUGA